AUGACGUAUUGCUACACUAAAAGCUGCUUUAUUUAUUUCAGGCUACAGGUGAUAAAAACAGACCUGCAGUCCCACCUCGAAUCCACCGCAGCCUCUCAAUGUCCAACACCCCUGGCUUACAGCUAUUAAAACCAGAAACAAAAAACCUGGCAAAACCAUGUACGAGGGUCUUAGAUGAAUUCCCUGAUCCUAUCUAUGAAGACCCAGAUUCAUUAUUGAACUCUAUCCCAGAUGUAAGUCAGUCAGAGUCUAUACCCAAGCCUGUACCUGUGCCGAGGAGAAGAUAUAGACAAAAUCUACAACUAUAUGAUUCCAAAAACACAACCAAAGCAAACUACGUCAGCAAAACCACACCAGGAAAAAACAAUAACAUGACAAACACAACUGCCACAACAUGGACAACCAACAUUCCAAAUAUCCCCAAUACAAAUUUCACAAACUACAGUACCGACAGGACAUUGGAGACAAACACGAUUGGGAGAACUAGAACAGAUUUGGAUUCAGAUUCAGAUUCAGAUUCUAUUUAUUCGCUCCACCUGUCGGAACCUCUGAGAAAAAACACAACCUACGCUACAACAGUCACAUUAACCCAAAACAUCAAGACACCAACUUUAACCAGCGUUGGAACAGUCAACUCAACCUACAACGAUCACAGAACCAACCAGACCAACACAGUUUAUCCUUCACACAAAACAGCCUAUACAGGACUUUGUGCAACUAUCCAAAGUCGGAAUGACUCAGAAGUCUACAUGAUACCGCGCCCUGUUCGCCAACCUCAACAGAUCCCACCUGGGGCCAAUGGCAUAGAUACAUCAACAAAUGGCAGCCUACAGUAUUAUGAUGUGAGAACAGAUAAUAAAGGUGUGAAGAAACCACCUCCUCCUCCCCCUCAUCCUUCUCUUAAACCUACCCCUCUUUACUACGGCCGAGAAAAUUCCACUUUGCAGACCAGAGACAACACAAACAGAGCUCCACCUUUACAUCAACAUCAAAAGUAUCACAGUGGCUCAAUGGUGGACCUGCGUUACUUAGAGGCUAGAGACACCACAAACAGAGCUCCACUUUUACAUCAACGUCGUAAGAGCAGAGAUGCACCUCCGUCGCUCAACCCUGAGGAGGAACCAUUCAUGAGCUCAAGAAUGUUUAAGUACAACUACAUGGGCCCUCAAAACACUGACUAUCUACCCAAUUAUGACUUUGUUGAUACACUAGCAUCCACUGGUCCUUAUGAUGCAGAUAACCAGAGCACCUAUGAUAACUUGUAUCAAUACUCUCCAGAAGACAUCCCUGAGCUGCUAUUCUGGUUGAAUAAAGUAUCUAGACAACCAGAUAACCUCACACAGUUUGGCCUCAGUGAGGAGGAAGAAAUCAGGUCCUUCACUCAGCAGGCAAAUCGUGUGAGAAAGGCCCGGCGCCUCUACCAACUGCUCAUGAUAAAACGUGAAAAAAGCAUGAUAAACACCCUUAAAAAGUUUCAGGCCAUCUGUGAAAAACUGGACAAAGUAUUCAAAAAGACUGUUAACCGUGAAAUGGUUUUGAAGCUUGUAAAUGACUACAAAGAAGAUGUUGUCGACCUGGAGCGUUGCCUGAAUUUCAUCCUUUUUGUGAUGAAGGAGCUGCAAAGACACAACAUUGGCAAGCUAAAGAAGGUCGGAGCAAACCCAGAUGCCCUGAGAAUGGUGGAUCUGUCUAUGGCUGUGUUCAGCAACAACAUGUACAGAAGCAGGCAGAUGUCUCCCACCAGUCCUGGAGGGAUGUCGUCUGGAAGUCUGCUUAAAAAUUUUGCUUAUGAAUUUGAUCACUAUUUCACAGAAAAGAAUGGCCAAAAGUUGAAGAAGUCAAAUAAGAGCAAAUUUUCAGCAAGAGUUUGCAUGUUGGUUGAACACCUGCAGGAGGAACUCAAUUAUUUGACUCACAUGUGGGAAGCAUUAACCUAAAAACAGAUUCAAUAAUUUAUGAUUAACUGUUAGUAAAUAAAGACAUUUAUGUAAAAAAACAAAGCAUUUAUAUUGACAUACAGCAGCAAAACACAGUUAUCUUUAUAAUGUAACUAUUAAGUAUAAUAAAAAAAAAACAAAGACCAGUUAUUAGAGAUAACUCUCAUAUUCAUCUAAUUUAUAAAGAUUGUUUAUAACUAACUAAUAUUGCAUAUAUUACUCCCAUUCUUUCAUGUUAUGUGUUUUUCUUUACUGAACCUGUUUUAUUUAGUAGCUCACCUUCACUCACACUGUCUUUUUCCAGGUUAAGUGUUUAAUCAGUGUGGACACUACAGGAUGUUAGACCCUGUUUUAGUUUCUUUUACAAAAACUAAGACUACCCUCAAAAUAAACCACUGUAACAACAUUAUUUUAGGAAAGGAAAGUGCAUAAAACAUUGGACUGAAUUAUCACAAUGAAAACCAUAUGGUGGUGCAAACGGAUAUCUUUGCACCCUUCUUGAAGCACCAAAACAAGGAUGGUCCAAUUACUAUUCAUUUGUCAAUUUUCAUGUUUUGACAUUUUCUU